AUGUUCUUCCGAGCUUCCCACCUCGUGGCGGCGAUGGCCCUCUUUGAAGGGUCAUCUGCAAAGGACUGGCUAAGUCCCGAGUACAAGUACUUUUACCAGUUUCCUCUGCCGAUUCCGCCGGUGAAGCAGCCCAAGAUGUCGAUCACGAAUCCGGUCACAAACAAGCAGAUCGAUUACUAUGAGGUCGAUAUCGUUCCCUUCAAGCAGCAGGUCUAUCCCAACAAGGGACCGGCCUCGCUUGUGGGCUACGAUGGCAUCUCUCCUGGUCCUACCUUCUUGGUGCCCAGGGGACGGGAGACGGUUGUCAGAUUCACCAACAAGGCUGUUCUGCCGAGUGCGGUGCAUCUCCACGGUUCGCCUUCUAGGGCACCUUGGGACGGGUGGGCGGAGGAUCGCAUCCUGCCUGGACAGUACAAGGACUACUACUACCCCAACAGCCAGAGUGGACGCUUCCUGUGGUACCAUGACCACGCCAUGGAUAUCGUCGAACCCCGCAAGUACCGCCUCCGCUUCCUCAACUCCGCUGUCUCACGAUCCUUCAUCCUUUACUUCCAGCGCCAGACCGGCGGCGCCAACAUUCCUUUCCAAGUCAUCGCCUCCGAUGCAGGCCUUCUCACGGGCCCCAUCACAUCCUCCACCCUAACUAUCUCCAUGGCCGAGCGCUGGGAGGUCGUCUUUGAUUUCAGCCAAUUUGCGGGCCAAAACAUCACGCUCCGCAACCAGGACGACGUAGGUAAGGAUAAGGACUACGGCUUCACCAACCAGGUGAUGCGCUUCGUUGUCAGCAAGCCCGCCGUCGUCGACAAUGCCGUCGUCCCCGCCAACCUCCGCAACGUCCCCUUCCCGCCGUCGCAGGGCAACGGCGUCGACCGCAAGUUCCUGUUCCACCGCCAGGGCGGCGGCUGGAAGAUCAACGGUGUCGGCUUCAGCGACGUCAAGAACCGCAUCCUCGCCAACGUGCCCCGCGGCAAGGUCGAGAUUUGGGAGUUUGAGAACGGCGGCGGCGGCUGGACGCAUCCCAUCCACGUGCACCUCGUCGACUUCCGCGUCCUCAGCCGCACCAAGGCGAAGAGACCCGUUCUUCCAUAUGAGGCUGCUGGCCUGAAGGACGUGGUUUGGCUUGACGCUGGUGAGGUAGUCCGCGUUGAGGCGCAUUAUGCCCCGUGGGAUGGCGUGUACAUGUUCCACUGCCAUAACCUCAUCCAUGAGGACCACGAGAUGAUGGCGGCUUUCAACGUGACGGCCCUAGCCGAUUUCGGGUACAACGAGACUUCCUUUGCCGACCCAAUGGAGGCCAGGUGGAGAGCUGUUCCGGUCACAGCUACGGCUUUCAGUGCUGAUGCUAUUACGCAGAAAGUGCAAUUCAUGGCCUCGCUUCAUCCUUACAAUAAUGUUGAUGAGGUCACGACGAGGCUGAACCAGUACUGGUCCACUCGUGGCGGCGUCAAGAUGAGACGUGUCAAGAGAGCUGCACAAGCUGCUAUUGAUGGGCCUCAGUAG